CCUGCCUCUUCCAAAAUCCACGAUUUCCCUAUAUACGCCUUGCGCAGCUGCACGGCUCGUCGGUUCCGCCACUAUGAGGGACAUACUGGUUCACAAUAUCACUGCCCUGGACUGCAUAGUCGUCCUGGGCAUCUUACUGCUCAGUGUCUUGCUCUACGUCACUCAAUCUCGAGGCGCGCAGUUUCGUGGCUUACCGUGCCCACCAGGCCUCCCGGCAUCCCGUCCUCGGCAACCUCCUCCAAGUAAACGUCCUCCUCCUCAUCUCCAGUUUCUCAAAUGGGCCCGCGAGUACGGUCCCGUCUUCCGCGUCCGCAUGGGCCUCACAGAGCUCGUCGUCCUCAACACUGCAGAGGCGGCCGACGAGCUCUUCGUCAACCGCGGCACGGUCUACUCUGGGCGCGCAAGUCCGCAUGUCGCGAUGGACAUCCUCAGCGACGGGCAGCGCAUGGUCCUCAUGGGCUACGGGCACACCUGGCGGGUCGUCCGGCGGGCACUCCAGUCCGCUAUCGGCCCCGGCCCGUCGCGCCAGCUGCGCAAGAUGCAAGAGUUUGAGUCGCGCGUGCUGGCGCACGACCUGCUCGUGCAUGGCGAUCAGAGCGUCGCGGAGACGCAUGUGCAGGGUCCGAACGGCGAGGUCCCUGAGAGCAUUGGAGUGGUGCUGAACUUGACAUACGGCCAGCGGGUCCACAGGCUCAUCGGCCAUCCCUACCUCCACCGCAUCUACAAUGUCAUGAGCAAUUUCACGAACGUAUCUCAACCGGGCGUUUACAUGGCAGACGGGUUCUCGUUCUUGCGGUGGCUCCCAGACAUCCUUGCGCCCUGGCGGGUCGAAGUGCGCAAGAUGCAUCGCUGGGAGAUGGAUCUCUGGGGCCGGCUCCUCGACGAGUGCCGCGCGACCUUCAAGUCUGGGAUCGCCCUUGCUGGCUUCGUUCCCGCUUACCUCCGUGCACGCGCCGACGCUGGACUCGAAGACCUCCCCGGGCGGGGCGUCGCCUCUACAUCCAACGCGCCCGUCUCAGAAACCAGUGCCUCUGGCUGGAUGCGCGACAAGCUAGUCGCGUACACGGCGGGGUCGAUGCUCGAGGCGGGCUCGGACACAACCGCGGCGACGAUCGAGACGUUCAUCCUCUUCAUGCUCCAUAACCCCAGUGCGCUCGAGCGUGCGCGUGCGGAGCUCGACGAGGUCGUUCCCGUCGCGCAGGGGCGGUUGCCGAGUUGGGAGGACGAGGAGAGGCUGCCGUGGGUGGUCGCCUGUAUCAAGGAGACGCUCCGGCGCAGGCCUCCGACGAUCAUGGGCGUGGCCCACCGCGCAGAUGCAGACGACGUCUACGGGGGAUACUUCAUCCCCAAAGGGACUGCUGUGAUCGGCAACAUCUGGGCGAUCCACAUGGACCCCUCGCGAUACCCUGACCCGCUCGCUUUCCGUCCCGAGCGAUGGUACACGCCCGGUAAGCCCACCUGCUGGGCGAGCGGGCCGACCUCGCAAGAUCGGGACCACUACGCCUUCGGCUGGGGCCGGCGCUUCUGCCAGGGCAGCUACGUCGCCGAGGCGUCGCUCUUCAUCGUCCUCUCGCGGCUCCUCUGGGCAUUCGACUUAUCCUGCCCGUCCGGCGCGCUCCCGAACCCGGACGACGAGCCGGCGACGUGGACCGAGGGCUUCAUCCCGGUGCCGAAGAUAUUCCCGGCAGCGUUCCGCGCGCGGUCGCAGGCGCAUGCGGAGGUCAUCCGGCGUGCGUACGAGGACGUGCAGGGGAAGUGGCAGGUGUUGGGGCUAGCGGUGGACGAGCGGUGA